GAGGUCAACACAGCGCAUGCGCGGUGCGACGGGAGGUCGCGCGCACUCAUCCAGCGGGUAGUCUCUCUCGGGAGCCUGGUACAGAGUGUCGACCCCUCUCUAGCACUCCCGGAAAAGUUCGGCAAAACUUCGUAGCCUUCCUGGCUUUACGCUUCGCGGACUUUAUGACGUGUGGUGUGUAAGUUUAAACUCGAAAAUGGCGUGGGCUGUGACCACCCUGAUCCUCGCUGCGGCGUUUUCUGCGGCGUUCGCAGACGAGGUUGAAGAUUCGCAGCCGCUCCUGUAUGUACUGGCCAGGCCCUCGGUGUUCAAUGUGGGCGAUAGGAGAGCUAUCUUCUGCAAAGGAAUAAAUAUUGAGGAUGAGAUAAACUGGUACUCUCCCUCCGGGGAGGUAGUCAAGGAGCGAAACAAUCUGAGCUCCAGGACAUACGUGGAGCGGAAGGUGGAGGGAAAAGAAGUCAAGGUGCCGCUGAUCUUCCACGAGCUGAAGAUAUCUGACAGCGGCAAGUGGACGUGCAAAGCGGGAAACUACAAUGAGACCGUUGAAUUCAUUGUUGGAUCCAAAGUGAAAAUUGUAAAUAGGACCGAGAAUAAGAUCGGCGAAGAAGGGAAAUCCAUAAAAAUGGACUGCGAAGCUAAGGGACACCCUAUGCCAGUGGUGCAGUGGUACAGGAAUCAAAAUCCCAUUAAUGCUGACAGUAAAAACAACAAGUACAUCAUCAGGAAGAAGGGUGACUUGUACACGAUGGAGAUAAAGGAUCUCUCGUACGAAGACAUCGGCGACUACGUGUGCAAAGUGACACAGAAAGCUCUCUCACACUACAUAGACAAAACCAUCACCUUGUCUGUUAAACAUGGUCCAAUUCUCCGUACCUACGAGACAGUUGAAACGUAUGCCAUUUUAAAUGAAACCAAGAACAUAACCUGCAGUGCAUUCGCCUUCCCUCCUCCCGAAUACGAGUGGAUUCGCACAAGGGACAACUUUGAUUCCCCCAUUCCUGAAGAUGAUAUUGUAUUCACUGACAAAGAUGGCACGUACUCGGUGCUUAGUCUUCGAGUGCGCAGCGAGGAAGAUCUCGGCCAGUACAAGUGUAAGGUCAGCAACAACAAGGGCAGCAAGACAGUCGUAUUCGACGUGUCGCUCGGAAACAAGCCUCCUCCACCAGAUUCGGUCACUCUGCUGAGUGCCAAUGGAAGUGCUUUGGUCUUCAACGUGAGCUGCUCACAGUGCAACUUUCAGAAGGAGGAAGAAGGUGUUUCGCCUCCUCCCUCUAACCUUACGGUUAUUGCCUUCGAAUUCCAGCUGACUCCCGCGGUAGAGGACUAUCUACCUGACUGGGACGCAGCGUUUGAAAUCUUCACGUUAGAUAUUACAGAUGAUAGGUCAUACGUCGUCGGCCCCCUGCCCAACUCGACCACGUUCCACGCCCGUGUGAGGUCCCUGAACAUCGCCGGCUACUCCGACUGGACUGAUAUCUCUCCAAGCCCCAGCACCACCGCACACGCCAUCCGACUGCUUUCUUCAGCCGCACUUCUUGUGUUCACAGUCGUCGCUCUAUGGUUCUAAGCUGUUAAGGAUCGCCAGGUCUAACCAAAGCUUUUUUGUGCUGUAACAACUCCAGCUGUGCCAGUAAACCGAACUGGCCCCUCGCUCACGGCUAAUUUUUGUAGUUAUUCGGCGUUAGUCGCAUUUGCAACGCGUUACAGAAGUGGCAUGAUUUUAAGUUGAAAAAAUGUCUGCCACAGUGGGAAAUAAGGGCACGCGUCACAUGGAUCCAUAACUUUUCGCUUGUCAGACACCUGAUCUGUCCUGUUGAAGUGAUUUCUAAAAGCACCUGAAGAGACAGGCAAUUAAUUAACGUGAUAAAACAUGUGUAACAAAAAAAAUCAUUAGGGAUUUUAAUCGCCGCGACAGUCAACUGGCAUUCAGCUUAGCACUUUGUUUUACACACCUUGUUUACAUAGUGUGGCCUAGCCUAAUCUCGGAGUUUUAAGAGCCAUAUUGGAGAUUCCAUAUUGGAGAAUUGAUAUCGCCAAAUCAUCAAUCAAUCAAUCAAUGUGUGCUUUAAUGACGAUGGAUGAGUUUGAUAAAUUUUCUCUACAUUUGAAUAUAUUAAAAUUGGUGAAUGUUCGUUCAUGUAUUUAAGACCAUUGUGCUUUAACUCCGAGACAACACGAGGUGUUUGAAAAUAUUUAUCUGGCGUACUUGGCGAUUCUAAUAAGUUUAGACGAUGGCGUGGGGUUUUCAUAAUCCAAAUUCGGUUUAUUUUUGUCGAAUUAUUAUAAAAUUUAACUUUCACUAUUUGAUUUGACUGUGAAAAUAUCAAAGUUUGUAAUUUUGACGAGGCUAUUAACAUUAAUUUACUUUUAAGUUUGUAAAUAUUUAUAUUUAGGUUUUGUAUCUCCAUACUUCCAACUCCCCAUGACAUUCCAAACUAAGUUUAGAUAGGAAAUAUUUGAAAUAAUUGUCUAUUAGUGCAGUUUCAAUUAAAUAAGUUCAUUGUCAUACCCAUAUGUAUAACAAUGGCCUGAACUUGAUAUAUGUAUAAAUAUAAACAUUGUUAAAGUAUAAUAAUAUGUGAUAGUAAGUAAGACUCUUUAUUUUACUGACGAUACUUAGAAAUAUACGGUUCUAUAUGAAUGAUUUGAAGCACUUUAGUUCUAGCUGUACUGUUAUUACGUUUAAUUAUAAUACAUAAUAUACUUGCGAGUUAUAUAGAUGACUAUACUUAACUUUAACUAUUGUAAUAACUAUUGGAAAUGUCUGAGUGUUCUAAAUAUAGAUUGCGUCCAAAUUUCCUACAUGCAUGUUUACAAUUUAUCGUUGAAAUACAAUCGUAAAUGUUACCACUUUUAUAUAUUUUGCUGAAUUCCUAAACGUUGUUGAUAUAGCAUUUUUAUCGAUGUAAAUAUUGUCUUUUGUGUUUAAAAUUUUCUAAGUUUAGAGUUUAAGGUCACUUGCGUAAUGAAAAGUGUGGUAUGUUUUUGUUUAGUAUAUUGUACACACACAUCUUCAGUGAGAAAACAAUAUUGUUUCGUGAUUUUCUACUUAAGAGUCUCCUGUAAACUUAACUCAACUGUUACCCUAAAUUUAAGAAAUUAGGGUGUCACUUAUCUAACAAAUAAUUUUCUAAAAUAGAUUUCUAUCUCAAAGGAACAAAAGACAACAUCCACAAAGACAGUUGAUCGUAGAAUUUGAUAAAAUGUACCCCAUCAGAAACGAAAUAAAAUGGAGCUGCAUUUUCUAGACUAGAAUUAUAAUUACAGGCGAUUCUUAAUUUUAAAAGCGAAUUUUAGAAACCCAAAUAUAAUUCAAAUGUAAUUUAAUGCAUCUAAAAUACCUGAAGAUGUAAAACAUCUUGAUUUAUGUUUAGAGUAAAUUAUUUUAGUGCUAUGAUUGUAGAAUUAACAUUGUUUAAGUAUUAUAAAACGAAACUAUUAUAAUUAAACUGAGACAAUAUUCGUGCAGGUACUACUUUAUACCGACUAUCCCAACUUCUUAUUAGUGCCUUUGAUCUGAUUUAUUAAUUUACCUUUUGUAAAAGUUUUGAUCAGCUAUUUAAAAUUCAAAUCACACUAUCGUUGCGAAUAAAGAUUACCUACUUAUAUCAAUUUUGGUAUUGACGACCAAAAAAUUAAAAAGUUCAGAAUAGUUUUUAAGUAAACGGUCAGAAUUUUUGGUUCGGUCAUAAAACACCUUAGCUUUACUUACGUAUGAUUCUGCAAAAAAAAAAAUAUUUGUUAAUUAAUUAUUUUAACAACAAUUUUCAAUUGAAUUUUAGUUUUACAAAUAAAACUUUUUAAAUGUAGACUGAUCACUAAAACUUUCUUUAUUUCAUUUCAAUUACAAUUAUUAAAAUUAUAUAAAUUGUUACAAAAUUCUUCAGCCUUAAACUUAACGAUUUUAUCAUUUAAAUCUAUUAGCUUUUAAAGCUUUAUAUCUACCACUAAUGAUUCAUAAGAAUUUUUAUAACUGUUUUGCAAAAAUAAUUUUAAAAUUUACGAUGUACAGUUUAAGUGUACACUGUACAGUCGCCAGCAUGUCGACCUACCACAACGAGCUCUAUAUCGUUAACGUUAAGGUUCAAAAUUAAUUGAGGAAAGAUAAUUGGUGGUAAGUUGAUGUGCUGGGGACGGUAUCACGAUGUUUUGACCUGUUAUACCUAUUAUUAAUUUUUGGGAAUUUUAGCUAGUUGAUGUGAUGAUUAUUUUAUAAGAUGUUUAUAAAAGUUCCGACACGUUAGUGGUCGCCAUGGUUUUGACAAAAGCAUUUGUACAUAAUAAUUUACGUUCGCUACUUUUAAAAUGUACACAUACAUAUUGUUAAUUUACUUACACCGAUGUUUUUGCCUUCAAUAAAAUGAUUUAUAAC